AUGGCACAGAAAGGAGCUGAGCUGGACCGGGAGAGUUUCUCCUGUUCAAUCUGUCUGGAUUUGCUAAGGGAUCCAGUCACCAUUCCUUGUGGACACAGCUACUGCAUGAAGUGCAUUGAAAACAUCUGGGAUGAAGAGGAUGAGAAAGAAGUCCACAGCUGUCCUCAGUGCAGACAGACCUUCAAACCGAGACCUACCCUGGUGAAAAACAUCAUGUUAGCAGCUUUAACUGAGCAGCUGAAGAUGACUGGAUUAGGAGCUUCUCCUUCUACUCACAGCUAUGCUGGACCUGAAGAUGUAGCCUGUGAUAUCUGCACUGGGAGGAAAUUAAAAGCAACAAAGUCCUGUUUGAUGUGUUUGUUGUCUUACUGUGAGAAUCACCUCCAGCCUCAUUAUGAUGUGGCUCGGUUAAAGAAGCAUCAGCUGGUGGAGCCCUCCAAGCAUCUCCAUGAGAAUGUCUGCUCACGUCACGACGAGGUGAUGAAGAUGUUCUGUCGCACUGAUCAGCAGAGCAUCUGUUAUGUCUGCACUGUGGAUGAACAUAAAGAUCAUGACAUCGUCUCCGGUGCAGCAGAGAGGAUGGAGAAGCAGAGAGAGCUGGAGGUGAGAAGAGAAGACAUCCAGCUUAUGAUCCAGGACAGAGAGGAAGACAUGGUUUUGCUUCAGCAGGAGGUGGAUUACAUCAACGCAUCUGCUGAGAAAGCUGACAGUGAGAGUGAGAAGAUUCUCUUUGAGAUGAUAUGUCUCAUCCAGCAAAGGAGUUCUGAGUUGAAACAACAAAUUAGAUCCCAGCAGGAAUCUGAGGUGAAACGGGUCAAAGAGUUUCAGAAAAAAUUGGAGCUGGAAAUCUGUGAGUUGAAACGGAAAGAAGUGGAGCUGGAGCAAUUCUUACACAUAGAGGAUCACAGCUUUUUUCUCCAGCACUUUCCCUCACUGUCAUCUCUCAGUGAGUCUGACGGCUCAUCCAACAUCAAUGUUCGUCCUCUGAACUACUUUGAAGACGUAACAGCAGCUGUGUCAGAGCUCAGAGAUAAAUUUCAGGAUAUCCUGAUGAGCAAGUGUGCAGAGAUCUCUUUUAGAGUUACUGAAGUGGAUGUUUUACUGUCUGAACCAGAACCAAAGACCAGAGAAGACUUCCUAAGAUAUUCCACGAAAAUCACCCUGGAUCCAGAUACAGCUCACACAAAGCUACUGAUCUCUGAGGGCAACAGGAAGGUGGUCCUAAUGAACCAAAGUCAAGUUUAUAACGUUCACCCAGAGAGGUUCAUUGUGCCAUUUCAGGUUCUGAGUAAGCAGAGCAUCACUGGACGAAUUUACUGGGAGGUAGAGUGGGGAGGAAUGGGAUGUUGUGUAGCAGUUGUACACAAGGAUGUCAACACAGCAGAGAGUGAAUUUGGAAGCAAUAACAAAUCAUGGGCUUUACUUUGCAGCAAAGACAAACAUGAGUUUUUGCACAACAACACCAGGGUUCCCAUUUCAGAUUCGGACAGCUCAAGAAUUGGAGUUUACCUCAAUCAAAAAGCAGGUACUAUAUCUUUCUACAGUGUCUCGGAGGCAAUAACACGCCUUUUUAAAGUUAAGACCACCUUCCCAGACCCUCUCUAUACAGGAAUAAGUCUUUUCUUCAGUUGUGGUGAUACUGCUGAGAUCUGUGAACUGUAA